UAGGGUACAUUUAAUAACCCUUUUCGAAAAUGAUCGCCACUUUUCUCACCUCUCAACUUUGGAGCGGGAGAUGACUUUUCGCACUGAAAUGGGUCUUUACUAUUCCUACUUCAAGACCAUCAUCGAAGCCCCCUCGUUCCUGGAAGGGCUGUGGAUGAUCAUGAAUGACAGACUCACCGAGUACCCCCUCGUCAUCAACACGGUGAAGCGCUUCCACCUGUACCCGGAGGUGGUCAUAGCCUGCUGGUACCGCGUGUUCAUGGGCAUGAUGAACGUGCUCGGGGUCGAAGCCAAGACCUGCUGGAACGUCACCCGGAUAGAGCCUCUGAGCCAAGUGCAGAGCUGCGAAGGACCCGGAGAGCCCGCCUGCUUCUACGUCGGAGUGAUCUUCAUCCUGAACGGGCUAAUGAUGGGGCUGUUCUUCAUGUACGGCGCGUACCUGAGCGGGACUCAACUAGGAGGUCUAAUUACAGUACUGUGCUACUUUUUCAACCACGGAGAGGCCACCCGCGUGAUGUGGACGCCACCCCUCCGCGAGAGCUUCUCCUACCCGUUCCUCGUCCUGCAGAUGUACAUCUUAACUUUGAUUCUCAGGGCGCCGAACAGCAGCGGGCGGCACUACCUAGCGCUGUGUCUGUCCACCGUGGCCUUCCUAUUGCCCUGGCAGUUCGCGCAGUUCAUCCUCUUCACCCAGAUGGCCUCGUUAUUCCCCAUGUACGUUGUGGGCUACAUUGAGCCAAGCAAGUUUCAGAAGAUCCUGCACAUGAACAUGGCCUCACUGCUCUCGUGCUUCGUGUUGAUGUUCGGGAACCCCAUGUACUUAUCCUCGUAUUACUCUUCGUCGUUGCUGGUGACAUGGGCAAUAAUUUUAAAGAGAAAUAAAAUUCAAAGAUUGGGAACAUCUGAACUCAACUUUUGGCUAAUCCAAGGCUGUGCGUGGUGGUGUGGAACAAUUAUCUUGAAAUUCCUGACAUCUAAAAUAUUGGGUGUUUCAGACCACAUCCGCCUGAGUGACCUCAUAGCAGCUAGGAUCCUCGGGUACACCGACUUCGACACCUUGGUCUACACCUGUGCGCCCGAGUUUGACUUCAUGGAGAAAGCGACCCCCCUGAGGUAUACGAAGACCUUGCUGCUUCCGGUUGUCAUGGUGAUCACUUACUUUAUCUUUAAAAAGACUGCUCGUGAUAUUUUGUGUGUCUUAUCUACAAACACUAAUCUGAGAAAACAGCUCCUUGAACAUGGUGAGCUGGUUUUCCACACCCUGCAGCUGCUGGCGUUCACGGCCCUGGCCGUCCUGAUCAUGAGGCUGAAGCUGUUCCUGACCCCACACAUGUGUGUUAUGGCGUCCUUGAUCUGCUCGCGCCGGCUCUUUGGCUGGCUUUUUUGCAAAGUCCGUUUUGAGAACCUUAUCUUCGCCCUUCUGACGGUGAUGUCGCUGCAAGGCUACGCGAACCUGCAUAGCCAGUGGAGCAUAAAGGGCGAGUUCAACAACCUGCCCCAGGAGGAGCUCAUCCAGUGGGUCAGGUACAACACCAGGCCAGAUGCCGUGUUUGCAGGUGCAAUGCCUACCAUGGCGAGUGUCAAGCUGUCUACACUCCAUCCCAUUGUGAACCAUCCGCACUACGAGGAUGCAGACUUGAGGGCCCGGACAAAAAUAGUUUAUUCUGCAUAUAGUCGAAAAUCGGCGAAAGAAGUGCGAGACAGUUUGUUGGAGUUACAUGUGAAUUACUAUGUUUUAGAAGAAGCAUGGUGUGUUGUGAGAACUAACUUGUGCUUCCAGGCCCGGUUGCAGUAUGCUGGAGAUCUGGGAUGUGGAAGACCCCUCCAACGCCGCCCGCCCACCCCUGUGCAGCGUCCUGCUCAAGGACCCGAGGCCGUACUUCACCCCGGUGUUCCAGAACAGCAUGUACCGCGUCCUGAGAGUGAACUGAGCGCGGCGGGCGGGAAGAGCGCUGGAAGCCUCCCCUCCAUGGCUUGCUCACGUGGAGCCAUCAAGACCCUUCACGUGGAAAGAAGAGAACACAAACCAUCUGAAGGUUUUCUCACUACCAAAGAUAAAUUCCUUCCUUGUUUUUCUGUUCAAUGUCAGCUUACCAAGCUCAUCAUAUAAACGAUUCAGUCGUUUUGUAGUGUAUGAGCAAUUCUUCAGCUUAGAGUGUUUUAGAAAAACGUAUGGAAAAGAGCGACGAGCUGUCUUAACUCAAGGGUGUGAGUGUGCUUUAUACAGCGAGGUGGGCUGCUCCUGGCUUUCCCUGGUACUGAGCGUGCCAGCUCAGGCAGGCGCUGGGACGGAAGGGGCGCGGGCUGAAGCGACCCUCCUGUAGGCCCCAAGAGCCAUCCCAACCUCUGCCUCUGUGAGGAGACAAGUGUGUGUCUGCUAAGGUGCCUUUUGCUUUGACUAGUCCUCUUCUUCAUAGCUUUCAUUAACUUUUUAAAAAAUUAUUUCAAGUUAAACUAUUUAUAGAAGCAGCUUACUUUGUGUAAUGUCUUUAAUCAUUUGAAAUGUAUUUACCCAACAAGAUAAGUAUUUUCCACUGAGAAAUUUUUCAUUUAAACUCAACAUUAUUAAUUUGUCUUUAGAAUCCAGUCACUUUUCUUUUAAUAUCCAGGUAAAUAAAAAUUGCUAUGGUACACAACCCAGUUUGGUGGUUAAGUAUAAUCAGAAAACAAAAUCCAGCUAAAUGUAUCAAAUGCAAGUCUCAGACUCUAGAUCUUGGGCAGAGCGAAGGUCUUUCCAUUUGAUGGCCCUAUCGCUUGUUGGAUAGUCUUCCCUUCAGGCCACCAUCUUGAAUAUGUAAUAUCAUAUUUUUUUAAGUCUGUUUGUAUUUUCAGUUUUCCAGGAGGAAGCUCAUGUUUUAUAAGCCUUCCCCUCCAGUAAGACCUACCCAACAGCAGUGCUUUGAGAAGUGGUAAUUAGUUAUCAUAAGGGUGUAGCUGCCGAAUGCAAAGCAUAGACACUCUUCCCCUUCUUGGUAAAUUUAAAUAGACCAGAUCUACAUGUGUAGCACUUGAAUAUGCAUCUAUGCAUCUGCUUUAAAUUAGUCAUCUUGAAGUUUGUACCAUCCCCUUACAUGUUUUGGCCCUCUGCACUGGAUAGCAGAAUGGCAUAAUUCCAGGGUACUCACUUACAGUAAGCGGGUGACCAUAUACAACAAAAACGGCAGAGGUAUUUCUCAGUAAAACAGAUCAAAAGCAUGGCACUUUUUAAAUUUUAUUCAGAUCAUUUGUUUUGGUAUAAGUAUGGGGUAAAGAAGGGAGAGACAUAACACCUAACCUUCAUAAAAAAUAAAAUAGCAGAUUUUAAAUGAUGUUUUCAUAGGAAAUCUUUUAAAGUAGUUGGUAGAAGUUGUUUUAUUUUUUUUUAAAGAAGAGCUCUAUUUAAUAAAGUAUUCAAUACAGGUAUAUUUACAUAAUGAAUAUUUUCAGCUUCUAUAGCUGUAAGAUAUUUUGAUGCAGGAGACGAAGCAGCUCAGAAAGCGAGCCACGUUCAUUUCACAUUUUCAAGUGAUUUGUUUUAGCAUAAGUCUGGGGCAAAGAAGGGAAAAGAUAACAUGUAACAUUAAUAAAAUUAAAGUAACACACUUAGGGUAAUAGGAAGCAUUUUAAAGAACUUGGUAGAAUUCAAUGAGAAGCACGAGUGUUCUUGGCUAAUGAAAUGACCCACGGGUGUCUGAUGCUUUCAUGUGAGCGCGUUACUUUCAUGGACUGUGCACGCUGAAUGAUUAAAAAUGCCCUGGAAGCU